UUUAUCUGCUAAAGAUAAUCACAAACUCUUGAAAUUGAUGACAAUGUCACAGUUAUAUAAGGAUGUGAAGCCAUUUAUAACAUGUUGAUUAUCUAGUGUACUCACUGAAGGAAUAGCAUUUCAGACAAAAUUCUCACCCACUACUCCAAAAUGUGGAAACAUAAAUCCCGGAAAGAUACCAAGACCCCAGACCAUGACGUCAACCUCCUCCUGUUGGGCGAAACAGGCUCCGGAAAGUCAACUUUGGUAAACUCCAUUUCGAAUUACUUCAAAUAUUCCAGUUUCAAGAAAGCUCGAAAAGGAAAACUCGAUGUUUUAAUUCCGCUGUGCCUAAACAUUAACGGCGAAAGCAAAGUUUUUGGUAAAUCAGACGACAACGAAGUCCACGAAGAGGGCAAAUCGGCCACUCAGAACGUCAAAGUGUACCUAUUCCCGGUCAAAAUGCAGAACAGAACCUUCAAGUUGAGGUUGAUCGAUACGCCGGGGCUUGGAGAUCCCAGAGGAAUGGAUCAGGACAAUGUCCAUUUGGACAACAUUCUUUCGUACAUAGCCACGCUGAAGAAGCUCCACGGGAUUUGUAUUGUUUUGAAGGAGAACCAGACGAGGUUUACCAAGUUCGUGGAGUACUGUCUUAAGCAGAUGUUGACACGACUGGAUAAAAGCGCCAGUCAGAAUAUCAUUUUUAUUACUACUUAUAGCAAAACGUCUGACUACACUGCUGAAAGUUGUAAAAAACACUGUCUGUUGCCACUAGUUAGAAGCAUAAUGUCAAAACCUCCACAUGUGGAAAUUCCUUUAAGCGAUAAGAACAUUUUUGCUGUGGAGAACGAAGGUUUCAGUGCUUUGUUGGGUAUCCAGAAGGGCCUAGAUUAUGAUAAACACAAAAUAAAUAGUAUGAAGCAUAGCUGGGAAAAGUCGUCAAAGGAAAUUCGACGUUUGUUAAAAUACAUUAUUGGAAGUCCGAAAAACGCAGCUUUGAAACCACAUGACGUUGAAAAUACAAUCAGUAUCAACAAAGUCAGAUUUUUCGUUGAACAACUCACAACUCCUAUUGCUGAAGUGUCAGAACUUAUACAAGACAAUCUCAGAUUAGUUGACAGACACAAGGAAAAACUGACUUUGGAGGACCAAAGUCUUGAAGAAUUGAAACAGCAACUGCACAUACCCUACAUUGACCUUGAAGUGAAAGAACUUAGUCAUCCUGUAACCGUUUGUACGACGUGUGCGGACGUUGUAAAGGUCAAUGACGUCACGCAGUUGGAUUACAAACAGAUAUGUCACAACCCUUGUAGACUGACUGGAGUUCCCAAAGAAAUGAUCGGCGAUCCGAAAAUCAGUAGAUGUGACGCAAUGGAGAAAGGCACAUGCAAAAAGUGCAGAUGUGACUGGAGAGUUCACUUGCACAUCUACAAAGAAACCAAGAAAGUCGAAGGUAAGAAAGAAGAUCAAAACGUGAAAAACGCAAUAAAGAGCAAAGAAGAUGCUCUUGCUGAAAUAAAGAAACUGACGAAAGAAUUAAAUCAACGGGAGACAGAAUUGAAAAAAGAAAGCGAAACUAUUUCUAAAAUCGUCGCCCAAUUUUCGUACUUCUUGCAGGAACACGCACUGACGUCCUUCAAUGACGCGUACAAAGACUACAUUCAGCAGCUUAUCGAAAACGAAAAGCGUCUAGGAAAGUUCGCUGAUCAGCAAGUCAUCACAGAACUCGAGAAACUCCUCAGUCGCCACCAACACAUGCAAGAAGCCUUCCAAGAAAGCGAGAAAAAAUUCCAAACGGGAGCUGUAAUCAAAAAUCUGACUCCUGAAGGAAUCCAGAAGAGUAUCUCAAAGCUUUAUAAAUUGAAACACAUGGGGUCAACCAUACAAGAACUGAUACACAAAUCGAGUGGUUGUCGCAACAAAGAAACCCGUGAAAAUUUCAGUGUCGUCGUGGGGCAAGAAAUCAUCUUGGACAAGGAAACGGUCGAAGAAGAACAACACCAAAAAGUGGAAUACAGCAGAGAUGACUAUGACCUAAACAGAACCAGCGGCAGCGAUUACGACGAACCUAGAGCCAGAGAGUCGAGAACCUUCAGAAACAAUCAUCACUCAAGACGAACAUCUCCGGAGAGAGACAAAGAAGCUAUCGGACGCAGACAUUUAGGCCAACAUUCUAGGGAUCCAGAUGGUCAUGGAGCUGCAAAACUGCGUAGAAGUGAGUCGAGUGCAAAAGCAUCUUCAUCCAAACGCGAUAAAUAUCUUGCCAAAAGUAAUACUUCUGGUCGAUCACGUAGUGUAGAAGCAGACCACGGUAGACAAUUCGAAAAAAAAUCACAUAGAGAACACCGUGAUAGUGACUAUGAUUCCAAUGACGGAGAUUUUAGACAAUCCAGAAAGAUUUACACUGCCAGCGAAGAUGAAUCUGACAGUAAAAGUGACGAUUCUGAUGAUAGUCAAUCUGAUGGAUCACUUGACAGCGGAAACAGUGUCGAACCAUCUAAACAAACAAAAUCUAAAUCUUAUAAAGUCCGUGAUUCAGAUGAUGAUCGUUCUGGGAAGACAAAUCGUGGCAAAAAUAACUCUUCUCUGCAAGCAAGAGAUGUAGAAGAAUACGACGCCACAACAACCGGGAUAAAAAAAAGAAACAAAACACACAAAAAGUUGGAAGACUCAGACGAUCAUGACUAUAGAAAAUUGCUUCGAAAGGGUCGUACUACUAAAAGUAAUGAUAAAUCGAAUUCUGCAAAACACCAUCCAGAUGAUGACCAUUUGACCGAAAACACUGUCAAGCAAUCCAAGAACCCAAGAAAGUCUAAAUCUACUAAGAAAAACUAUGAUUCAGAUGCUGACCGUCCCAGCCAGUCUUCCAAAACUGGACGCACUGUACCCAAAGCCGAAACUCGCGAUCCAAAAUCUUCCAGAAACAAACCUACAGAUUCUAAAACCCCAAAAAAAUCUAGUCAAGCUGACAAAUCUUACGAAUGGGAUCCAUAUGAUACUAAACCCUCCAGAAAAGAGCGCGGUAUCAAAGAGAGAGAGUUCGAAAGUCAGAAGAAUCCUAAGUCUGAGGAAAAAUUGUCUGAUUCUAGUAGCAGCGAUGAACUGCUAGAUACCAAGCCUGAAAAGCAGAACGAACCGAAAUCUGGUUCAUCGCAGAAUGCGAAAAGAUACGAAGUGUCUUCUACAAGCACUUCGUCUGAUAGUUCUUCUUCAUCUGAGACCCAUACAGUUGAAGCAAAAUAUUCAGAAAGCAGCGAAAGUGAUUCCGAAUCCUAUGAAGGUACCGAAAGUGGAAGUGAUUUUGAAACCGUUUUAAGUUGAUAUCUAGAAUUAAAAAUUUAUUGCUACUGUUGCACAGACCAUAAAAAUUAUGUUUGUUUCAAAUUGUAUUAACAUUUUAAAGUAUAUGUAUAUAUAAAUAUUGUUGUCUACGAA